GCUGUUCCGUCCUCAAGAGUGACGAACAGUCGGACUUUUCUUUGCCUCCGAUGGCGGAAAAGAAAAACGCUUAUAGUUGAUGGCAUCGCACGAUCCACCGGCAGGAACCAGGUCAAGAAUCAGCUUCUCCUAACAAUGGCUCUCCAGGCUGUGCUGCUGCUGGCCCUGAGCGGCAUCGCCAGCGCCCAGUGGGGGACGUUGCCCUCCAAUGCAGACAAUGCCACCGACCAUCCGGCCUACUAUGCCAACCUGACGUUCGAACCGGCGCGGAGCAUCUCCACCUGGGAGAACCUGACCGUGGAGACGCCGUCGGGCACCUUUGUGGGCAUGCUCAACGAUUCGUAUCCCGACGUGCGCCAGUUCCUCCGCAUCCCCUUUGCGCAGCCGCCCAUUGGAGACCUGCGCUGGAUGCCGCCGCAGAAGCCUCUGCCCUCGAACAAGAGGAUCGAUUCUUCGCGAUACGGCCCAGCGUGUCCGCAAUACGUCGUCUCGACAGGCACGAUCUGGACCGAAUGGGCGCCCUCGGACGCGCUGCUCAACCUGGGAGAGUCGCAGGUUGAGGGCGCCGUGGCCUGGUCGUCGGACGAGGACUGUCUGUCCCUGGCCGUGUGGACGCCGGCCGACGCCGACCGGCACUCCAAGCUGCCUGUCGCUCUCUUCGUGACGGGCGGUGGUGGCACUCAGGGAGGCAUCUGGACUCCUUCCCAGCUUCCUUCGCCUUGGGUCUCGCGCUCGCAGGAGCAUAUCGUCGUUACUAUCAACUACCGGGUCAACAUUUUUGGCAACCCUAAAUCAAGGGCCCUUGAUGAAACCUCCCUCUCCCUGCUGGACGUUCGAGCAGCUGUUGAGUGGGUGUAUGAGAAUAUUGAGGCAUUUGGUGGUGAUGGCGAGAACAUUAUGCUCUGGGGCCAGUCGCAAGGCGCUGCGUUGACGCAUCUGUAUACCCUCGCCUUCCCUGAUGAUCCGCUGGCAGCCAAGUUCGGCGUCAUCUCGCAACCGCCGUCAGUGACCCUCAAUCUGUCUGCCACAGACGACGUGUAUGAGGAUUUCGAUAUUGUCGCCAAGGCCCUUGGAUGCAACUAUGGCGACGACGCAGAGGCUGAGCUUGAGUGCAUGCGUCAAGUCUCCUGGGUCCAGAUUGAGGAAUAUAUCAAUCGCUACUCGGGCUCACCUUCUAUCUCCUUUGCUGAUUAUAUCCCUGACGAGAGGUACAUCUUUUCCAAUGAGACCGAGCGCUAUCUGGCUGGCAAGGUGGCUCGUGGCCCUGCCAUCCGCUCCGAUGUCGCCCGCGAGAUCUCAACCAACGAUGAGGCCACAACCGCCGAAGAAGAAGGCGAAUGGAUCUGCACCGCGAUGGAUGACUCGGCCCUGCGUCUGUCGCUGGGUCUCGAGACCUACCGUUAUCUGUGGGCCGGCAACUUCUCCAACAUCAGCCCGGAAUACUAUCUCGGCGCGUACCACUGGACCGACCUGCUCAUGAUCUUCGGCACGUACCGCGAACAGGUCGGGGACGUCCCGGGGCUGGAAGUCAAGACCUCCCGGACCAUGCAGGACUACAUGCUUGACUUCCUCAAGGAUCCCUCUUCUCUGCCAUCUGCUGGUUGGGUCCCCUACAAUGGCUCGGCUGCCGAGGGCGGGCUGAUCCUGGAGUUUGGCAAUGGCACCACUGUGAAGAACAUCACGGGUGACUGGCUGCAGGGUGGUUGUUUCAAUUCCUCCAUUCCCUUCCGUAUCUAUGGGUGA